AUGGAGAGAGCCGAAAACAUCUUCAAUCGCCCGCCCGCUGUGUCUGAGGACACCGUACAAUAUGUGCUCUACCCGCCCAAGGAGCAAUCAGACAAGGCCUCGGUCACCACGCUUGCGGUGCUGAUGCAGAACCACACAGACUCUCUGCUGCCCGACAUGCAGUGGCACCGGGACGGCUUCCAGCUGAAGGUCAUCUCGCAUCCCCUUGGAAGAGGUUUCAUUCUGGAGGGAAGGAUGAGGGUCGGAGACUCGAUUGACGACGAGUGGUGUGCGGUGUGGCUGCUUCGCGAGAUCACCGCAAAGUGGGACGUUGCUGUCAGAGUUUUCGAUACAGACGGAGAGUUCCUGCUUAUCGAGGCGGCGGACGACCUUCCCUCCUGGAUUACACCAGCAAAUUCAGAGAACAGAAUAUGGAUCUACCAAACCCACCUACAUAUCGUCUCGAUUGACCACACGGACGCGAGAACAACUAACGUACGUAGAAGGGGAUAUCCUGGCACUCGCGAGGAUGACGAAGCCGAUCCUAUGGAAGAUGAUAGUAGCUUUAUAACCGAGCAACAUGCUGUCGACCUUGUGCGCAACUCUGUGGCCGGCUCACAGGCCUCAGCGAAGAUAGAAGAGGCUGUGUGGCGAAGAGUAUCUGGCUAUCCAGCCAGGGCUAGGGCGCAUAUACACUAUGCGAGGGCUUGUCUACCGGUAGACAUUACCAAAGCGCUCACGAUCGAUCCUUCGCUCGUUCAGAAGGCAGUUGAAACCUUCUACACGAGAGAUGCGCUACAGCUGCGGGCCGCUCAUCGUAUGGCUCGGUUCCCACCGGAACCGUCGGUCGAAAUGACAGUGAGGCUCACUCGUACCGCCUACGCUCAGAUGGUUGGCCAAAAGUUCUACCCACCGAAGAUAUUUGGACGUUGGACGGAACUCGAGGAUUCUCCCGAGCACAAGGUGAAAGACCUGGGGAUGAAGAUUGCUUGUGGAUUUGAAAUGCUCUAUCAAGAGAGCAAAAACCGCAAGCUCCCCACUGAUGCAAUCACGUCUGACGCUACCAAGCCCGAAGCCCGCAAGGAUGCGCUCAAGCAAAACAGCGACUAUCGACAAUUCCUCGAAAAUUUGAAGUCAGCAGGCUACUUCAAGAGUAAUCUCGAAGGCUCUCAGACUUGGAACGAGUUAGAAGACAAAGCUGUGAAGGCGUUCCUAGAAGCGCGACGUGACGAUGAUGCAUCCCGGACACCAUUCGCCUCGCUUGCAGACAUGGCCAUCUCAAGUGUUGGCAGCGUGCCUUCCAUUCCUGACUUUCCCCCAGACCCAGACGAUUGGUUGAACGCAGAGUCGUUCGAUGCUCUACUCGAAGGAUCAUUUAGACCGCCCACGGAGAAGGUUGCAAACGACGGGCCCGUGGCGAGUGAAGCACAGCAGAGCGAUGCGACUGCGCAACAGGAGGACGAAUUGGGUAGGGAACAGGCUUCUCGACUGCGAGAUCUGGCUCAGCAGGUGGAGGAAUUUGUCGAAGGUAAAGGCGAUCUCGAAGGCGCUCUAUUUGAGGACGAGAAGCCAUCGUCAGGCGAUGACGACUCUGAUGACGAGUCUUCUCAGUCUUCCGAUUACGAAACGCGUAUGGACGUCGACGCGAAGCCCGCUAUGUGGGAUUCUGAACGACAGGCAGCAAUGGAAAAGCUCGUUCCAGGUAUCGACCCGUCCGAAUACGGCAUGAUGCCCUCGUCCUACUACAGCAACUCUCAGCGCGUCGCUAAAACCACGAUCGAGACCGAAACGCGAGAUGAGGUGCCCGACCCCGCCAACCAGACUAUCGGCUCAGCUUCCGCGCGGAUGCGCCCCAUCCGUCCGCCCAUCCUUCCACGAGACAAGUACGAGGGCGUCGAUUCGGACGAUGAGACAGACGAAGAGGACGAUGGGGACGAGGAGUCUGAGGAAGAGAAGCCACAGGUAGAGGGCGAGAUUGAGAUUGACAUGGAGCAGGAACAAGAGGAAUUCUUAGAGUUCGCUCGCCAGGCUCUCGGGAUAUCAGAAGACCAGUGGCGUGACAUUGUGAAAGAGCGCAAGGAUCAAGGCGCAUUUGUUCCGGAUCUCAAGCCUGUGUCUCCUCGACGAGAAGCUGCCUUGACCCCGAAAAAAGGGUCUCGGAAGGCACCAGAAACCAGCACAGGGCGUUCUGACGCAAACUCGGAGCUGGACUCUUUUGAAUCUCUUAUGCAAGCCAUGGAUGCCGAGCUGGCUCGAUCACGAUCACGCGGUGCGCGAGGGUCCUCCGGGAACUCCGACAAGGGAAAGGGCAAGGCGAGGGCAGAGUCCCCUGAUGAUGGCGACAUCGAGGCCGCCAUGGAGUCAGAGCUACAGACGAUGCUGGAAAGGGGGCAGCAGGACGAUGAGGGCUUGGAACUUGCUGACGAAUCACAGCAUGCAGAGUAUAACCUCAUUAAGAACUUCUUGGAGAGCUUCAAGAGCCAGGCUGGGCUGUCUGGACCAGUCGGCAACCUUGCUGGACGGCUGCAACCAGGGUGGCAAAUCCCCAGGGAUGAGACAUAG